AUGUCCUCCAGACUGUCCAAGAAGCGCGAUGGCGCUUCCUCCGCCAAAAUCAAGGACUCUCGUUUCGCCAAUUUCGAAACCGACCCUCGUUAUGCCCUUCCCUCCAAGAAGAAAUCCAAGACGACCAUCGAUAAACGGUUCUCGCGCAUGCUGAAGGAUGACGAAUUUACCGCUGUCUCUAGAGUCGACAAGUACGGGCGGAAAAUAAAGUCCGAUUCCAAGAAGAAGGCACUGCAGAGGCUGUACCAGGACGAGGACGAGGACGAGGAUGAAGACGUCGAGGUCGAAGACGAUGACGUCGUCCAGCGGGAGUUGGAAAAGGCUGAGACAAAGUAUGAUCCUGCAAGAGGGGGCGGCUUCUCUUCUUCAGAGUCUGACACAGACUCUGACUCGGAAUCUGCCGACGAGGAGGGCGAGGACGCACAGGAACAGGUCGACAAUGCACCCGACAUGCAGAAGUACCGGACACAGCAAACAGAGGUAGAGACCGGAGAUGUCACAAAUCGGAUCGCUAUUGUCAACAUCGACUGGGACAACAUCAAGUCGGUCGACCUGAUGGCCUUGUUCAAGAGCUUUGUGCCUAUCGGGGGGCGCAUUGAGAAGGUUUCCGUAUAUCGCUCGGAAUUCGGCAAGGAGAGAAUGCAGCGUGAGGAGCUCGAAGGUCCACCGAAGGAGAUUUUCAAGAAAUCCCAGGCCACCGACCAAGACUCGGACGAAUCGGAGGACGAGGCUUCGGAGGACGAUGGCGACGAUGCAGAGGACAGCGAUGAAGAGGCAAAGCAGGAUCUCUUGAAAGAGGGCAACGACGAGGAUUUCGACAGUGACGCGUUACGGACAUAUCAACUCGACAGGCUACGGUACUACUAUGCCGUCAUGGUAUGCUCGGACAAAAACACAGCACAGAAGAUCUACGAAGCGACGGAUGGCUCCGAAUAUCUCUCAUCCUCAAAUUUCUUGGACCUGAGAUUCGUACCUGAUGACGUCACGUUCGACGAAGAACCUCGAGAUGAAUGCGAAAGUAUUCCUCAGAACUACAAGCCAGUCGAGUUCGUGACCGACGCUCUCCAACACUCAAAAGUCAAGCUCACCUGGGACGUGGAUCCUGAGGAAGUCAAGCGCAAGGAAUCUAUCAAGAACGCUUUCAGCGGAAGUAAGGCAGACAUCGCAGAGAACGACCUGCGAGUUUACCUGGCCAGCGACAGCGAGGACGAAGACGACGAGCAGGAGGAUGUCACAGGAAAGGCCACAGCCGCACCAAAGCUCAGCAAGAAGGAGCUUGCCCGCAAGAAGAUGCGGGAGGCUCUUGGGCUGAGCGAUGAGCCCGCAGACAAAAAUUCUGAUGCAGGCCCUGUGGGAGACAUGGAAAUCACCUUUACCCCGGCACUGACGGAAAGCUCUGGCGUUAAGAAGAAUCCAGAGGAUGAGACCACUGCCGAAAAGUAUAUUCGCAAGGAGCGUGAGAGGAAGGCCAGGAAGAAAGAGCAAGCCGCUGCCAAGGGAGAGGACGCCGGCAAGGAUGCUACAAACGAACCAGAGGAGGACCUCGGAUUCGACGACCCCUUCUUCACCAUUGAGGAGCCUAAACCGGCCUCGAGAGCCCAGCUGCACAAGGAAGAACGCCGCAAGAAGCGGGAGGCCAGGGAGGCCGAGGAGAAGAAAGGUGCUGUUGAUAGGGCGAAGCUGGAACUGCUCAUGGCAGACAACCACGACGAAGAGACAGGCCACCUGACUCAUUUCAACAUGGAUGAGAUUCUGAAGGCCGAAAAGAACAAGAAUAAGAAGAAGGCCAAGAAGGGCAAGAAGGAUAAAGAGGACGCAGGAGGGCUGCAGGAGAACUUCAAGAUCAACGCGGGCGAUGAUCGCUUCAAGGCCUUGUUUGAGGAACACGAGUUCGCUAUCGACCCAUCCGAUCCUAAGUUCAAGGCCGCGUCUGGAAUGAAGCAGCUGGUGGAGGAAGGCAGGAAGAAACGGAAACACGAAGGCGGCCGUGAAGGUGCAGAGGAAACAAGGGAAAAGAAACCAAAAAAAGCCAAAGCUGGUGGCCAGGACCUGGACAGUUUGGUCACAUCCCUGAAGAAGAAGGCCGGCAGUAAAAAGUAG